AUGUUCAAGAGAAAGUUUGUUGCUUUAGAUUUUCCAAACCCCGAAAGUUUCGAUAUCACUGAUGAAAAUAAAUUUCAUUAUGUUGUCCUCUGGUUAGAAGACCAAAAAAUUAGACACUUUAAAAUUGAAGACCGAGAGCCUCUACGAUCUGCUACAGGUGAUAGAUGGAAUGAUGCACUGAAGCAGUAUUUGGCACAGUUGAAUUGUCCUUACGAUGUCAGCGACAGGCGGGCAUUGCUGGACUGGUUGCUGGCAUAUGCAGUACGUCUGGAGUUUGGGGAUGACACUGAGAAAUACAAAAAUGUAACACCAGAGAAGUUGCAACAACGAUCGUCUCAAAAGCCACUACACUCAACGAAUCCUUUAGAUAAUCUGGACUUUGAGAGUGCAGAGUUUAAAGCAGGGGUCACGUCUCUAGCGAUGCUGCUGCAAAUACCUCCACACCAUGAUCAUAUAGACCUGCUGAAGGCCGUCUGCGUACUGGUCAGCGAGAAGUUCUCUCAGGAAGCUCUUGAUGCUGCCCAGAGACAAAAAAAUGUCAAGGAUGAGCAUAUCCCACUGGAGAAGACUGAACUGGGCUUUGAAGCUGGAGACUAUAUAAUGACAGAAGCUGCAAAAAUUCUGAGGUUGUUGCACAUUCGAGAUCUACGAGAUUUGCAGACCAAGAUCAACUCAGCCAUCGUGGCAGUGCAGAAGAUAACUGCUGACCCGAAAACUGACAGCCGCUUAGGGAAGGUUGGCUUCUGA